AAUUAUAAAGUAGUCAAAAAAAUAACAAUAUUUUAUCCUUGGACGAAAUUUCGUUUGUUUUGUCUCAAAUAAAAAAAUAGUACUUAUAUUUUGGCUUUAUUCGCGAGGCUGCUUCGCGUUGCUGCGGCGGUACACCCCACCAUAAGCCAUAUAGUACGUCGCGCCACAGCCCGGCGAAAAUCAAUGACUGGUACCUCGCCGCUCGCACGCUCAGUGAGGGACGAGGUAAAGCCGCGUGAAACGGAAGAAAACAAGAGUCGCUGUGAACUGCUGCAACGAAACCAGUAGUGUUAGUGUCCCUCUAGACCGAGGACCUAAACAAACGCGUCCAUUUUUUGAGUAAUGAAGUUCUGUGCUAUUCCAACGAUCUGAUACCAUGACACAGUACCUUCCACCAAAUCUUUUAGCCCUUUUCGCGGCGAGGGAUCCUCUGCCUCACCUUCCACCGGCCGACAAACUCCCGCACGAGAAGAGACGAGUGCCGUACGCUGGUGUUGCAGCAUUUUUAGAUGGUUUCGAGG